CAACUACCUACCUGAACUAGUGAAGCUCCGUGUGGGAACGAGGAUCCCCCGGCACUCGACUACCUACCUGAACCAGUGGAGCUCUGUGUGGGAACGAGGAUCCCCCGGCACUCAACUACUUACCUGAACCAGUGAAGCUCCGUGUGGGAACGAGGAUCCCCCGGUGCUGCGAGCAUCAGUGGAGUGUUUGCCCUGGUCUGACUGUGCUCGAUUCUGCCUCCAGGAGAAGCGGAGCGCGCCACGGGUUGCUGGGCCAGAGCCCCGGCCCCCAGUCUUUUCCCCAAGUGGCCCUGGAGGCAAAGAAGAGCCACAUUAGUUUUAAAGUUCCCUUUUCCCCUUCCCCCUUUCCCCUUUUUAAAUAUUUAAUAAAGCUUGUUUUAAUUAUAGUAUACUCGUCUGUCUGGUCAUUGGGGUGGUCUUGGGAAACUCCUCGAGGUGGAAGAGUUAAGAGGGGUGUGGCCCAGUAGCAUAUUCGGGUCCGCCCCCGGGGUGUGACAGAUUUGGCGUAGUCGGCAGGGUUCCACCUCGAGUUGAGCGACCAAGGUCCUCCAAUGGCCGACGACGAGUUGCCCGAAGCCCCGCCCCGUGUUGUGCCUGAAAGGCCGGAAACACCACCCCGUGUCAUGCCCGUGUUCCUGGGAAACCCCUGGGUGCAGAAGUAUACUGGGGUCGAGUCCGAGGUUCAUUUGACGGAGUGGAGAGCCCAACUCGAGUAUUUGGCCGGCCUUCAAGGGCUGAGUGCCAGUCAACAACAGCAGUUUGUAUUAAACUCACUAGGAGGAGAAGCCCGGCGAGAAGUACAGGCUGCCCCCGAAGCCGUUCGAGCCACCGCCCAGACCAUCUUCCACUUCCUCACCGAGCAGUAUGGUGAUACCACCCCUGUGGCCGUCCUGAGGGCGCAGUUCUUUAAUUGUAAGCAGGGCCCCCACCAGUCCAUUCGAGCCUUCGCCCUGAAGCUGCGCGAGCAGUAUACACACCUACAGCGACGACGAGAUCAUGGGAUUGGAGAUGAGGAGACCCUGUUAAGGGACCAGUUCCUGUUAGGGCUACGGGAGGGCCCCCUACGACAAAAUCUCCAAGUGCAGUUUAGACGAGACCCUGAGCUCACGUUCGAUGACCUGAAGAAGGAGGCCAUGGCCUUGGAAGGCGACCAAGCGGAAGCCAAGGAGGCCCCCGUAUGUGCAGCAGUGAGUGGCCCGGCGGCAGCCUCGGAGGUAUCGGACUGGAAACAAACAUUGAAGAUGGAGCUCUUGAAAGACGUGCGAGAUCAGAUGGCCGAGCUAACCAAGGCCCUGGUAGGGGAACUGCGCCUAGGGCCGGGAAGGAAAGAAGAAGGGCCCGCCCCCCGAGAACGGACGUACUCUGAGCGAGGCCGGGAUGGGAUGAGGCGGCCCUGGCAGGCGAGUCGGCCUAGGUUCGAGUGGGACGAGCAAGGGAGGCCCAUUUGUAAUCGGUGUGGGACCGCCGGGCAUGUGAGUAGGCAGUGCGGACCACGAAGAGCCUCCGAGGGGGGUUUUUAA